CCCCCCCCCCCCCCCGUCCCCGGCGCCAGUGACCCCUGACCCUUGCCACCAUCGAGUAGAGAGAGCAGCAGGAUCGCGAUCAGGACCACAUGACUUACAGGCGGCCUAACGAAACCAUGGGCGUUGAUGUGCCUUCACCACCAGCCCAAAUGCGGGGAAGCAAUAAAAAGAUGCUGUCAGCCGGGAUUCAACAGACGGACAUAGUUCUUCACAAUUCUGCUGCUCAGACGAUCACCGCUACGAGGAACCGAGUGGCCAAUACUCCGCUGCGUUCCAUGCUCACAUCAUCUUCUCAGAUGCCAAAGUCGAAAGGCCACCGGCAAGGCCAAGCUUCUCCGGUUUAAGUGGUAGUGCCAAACGGAUCGGACUCGGAUAGAUCGGACAAUGCAAGGUGCAGCAACAGCGAGACUUUGCCCGGAUGUGGGCAACUAUUUCACGACAGAACCGGCCGCAGAUCCCAACGCCUGGUUCUCCGAAGACUGCCUGCGGAACCUCGUCAUCUACUCCCCUGAGGGGCGCGAGAUGGGCAAGAUCUCGUGCCUGGCCAUGAUGGGCUGCCCGGACAAGGUGGCCUGGGAGCGCCGGGGCAGGGCGUCUCCGAGAACGCGCGCCCCCCCGGAGGACAGCCCGAGGAGGAACGGCCAGCGCCGGAGGAAAGCGCCCGCGGGCACGGCGGCAGGCUGCCCGCAAGAAUUCAGACUCAACCCUUGCCCCGUGUGUGGGGUCGAACGAGCGAAGCUACUGGAAGGCCUCUCGUCACCAUUGGCCAGGUCCUGCUCCAGUGUCGAAAGCACCAAGCUUCUAGAAGGUUCUCAGACUCUGUUGGCCAGCCCUUGCUCCAAGAUGGGGCCCUGUGCUGAAAGCAUCAAACUUCUAGAAGGUUCUCAGACUCUAUUGGCCAGCCCCUGCUCUAAGAUGGGGCCUUGUGCUGAACGCACCAAACUUCUAGAAGGUUCUCAGACGCUGUUGGCCAGCCCCUGCUCCAAGAUGGAGUCGCUGUGCGGUUCUAAUGGUUCCCAUGUCUCUGCGUUCCAACCAGGGUCAGAUUCGCCGCAUCGCAGCCGAGCCGGGUCGGAAGGCCCACCGUUGGGUUUCGCCCCUCAACUAAAGGCUCGGUCGUCUUGGCUCGAGUCCGCGGGCGGCCUCCCCCCAGGGUGGACGAGGGCAAGCGAAGUAUCCCCGCCUCUCUCCGCCUCCGGCACGCGGCAACAACACUCCAACCCCGGGCAUUCCCCUCCCCACUCCCGCCCCGCUGCCAGGAAACACGCCGGGCCUCCUCAAUCCGGCUCCCAACAGGCCCCUCCCGCAUCCCGGAGGUCCACGGAAACCUCCCACCCGGCCUCCAUCUCGCCGAGGCGCUCGGAGACAGCUCAGGCUCAACCUGCCCCUGGCCCGACUAGGCCUCACUCUCGGUCCGGCCUAUCGAGUCAGGCCCAAACUCCCCGCAGAGGGUCCACGUCCACCUCCGCGUCCGCCCCGAAGCAACUCAAGGAAACAUCUCGGUCGCGGUCGGGCACGGUCCAGAUACGACAGGCCAAUUCUGGCGCAAGGACUCCCCAAUCGAGGCACGCCAAAGCAAACGGAUCUGCCGGGCUGGUGAACGCACCUCGCACCCAACCGAGCUCCGGUUUGUUGAAAUAUUCCAACCCGUACCUUCCCCACGCACACGCUAGCGCCACAAAGAACGAUGGGAAGAACGGAUCGGCCGCCGGUACAAAGCAACGUGUUCACAUAUCGCAUAACCACCGUAGCUCCGACCGACUCAGUCACCCCAAAGGAUAUCAUUACCAUGCCAAGCCCGACGACAUCAAGCAAGCCAAUGUGGAUUAUUAUAUCUCCAACAAUGAUAAGACGAGUCAAUUUUCCACCCUGGUGUCUCAGGCCAUCUACGAGCCAGUUGAACGUACCAGCGAGCCCCAAGCUGACACAAGUGCCAAACAGGUCAACAAUGGAUUCCACGUCGAUUCCCCAAUGAGGUUAAGGAACCAUGUGGAUGCCUCUCCGUCACCUUCCAAUUCCAUUGCAUUUAACCCGGGCCAGAAGUCCUCCGGUGUAGAUCCACUUUGGUUUUUCCCAGCAUCUCCAGACCCGUCUUCCUCAUACCCGGCAGGAGGGGCCUCGACACCUCCACCCUCCGAGAGCUUCACUCCGAAGCGUCUCCCCCCCGAAGCCACUGCAUCUCCCUUCGAAUUGCCCCCACUGUGGUACGCCGGAAAACCUCCAUCCCCCUCUGCCUCCGGCCCGAGCGGGGACCUUACAGGGACUAGGUCUUCCUCUGGUUACGCCCUCGUUGACGUUGGUCAACCUUCCCCCAGCGCCAGCUCCGCGCAGAAGGCGGCAGCAUCUCAAUCCCCCUCCGCCUCUGGCCUGAUUGGAAAGGCCGAACCAAUCUCACCUCCGCCAACCUCGAAUCCCACAGGACAUCCUUCCGCUUCUCCCUCUGACUCUAAUCAUGGCCAAAUAAGGAAUGGCCUCCAUUCAUCCUCCAACGUUGAUUCAACAAGUCAGGCCAAAGCCUCUGGUCAAGUGAAGCAUCUUCCAGGAUCUCUUCCCCCUCCUGCUGAUGACCCAGUGGACAACCCUGCCAUCGCUCCAUUACCCUCUGGCUCCGAUACCAGAAGACACCAGGCAACAUCUCCAGGUCUUCCCAAGUCUGGCCCCGUGGCGUCUGGGCCUCCAUCCGGGGCUGGGACCAAACGGAAUUCAUCCACAUCUCCGAUGAACUCCAGCGUAGGUUUGGUGAGGACUUCCGACUCCUCUCCGUCUCAGUCUGGGGCUGGGACCAAAAGGAAUUCUGCAACAUCUCCGAUGACCUCCAGCUCAGGUUUGGUCAAGUCCUCCGACACGUCCCCAUUUCAGUCUCAGCCUGGGACCAAAAGGAACUCUUCCACCUCGCCCAUGACCUCCAGCUCUGGGCUGGCAAAGUCUCAAAAUGGAACAGUUCCUUCCCACUCCAUGGCCGGAGCGACUAAGGAUUCCACCACAUCUCCGUACGUGUCCAGCUCCAGCCAAUCCACAUACCCCUACGGCUCCUCGUCUCGGUCUGGUGACCGGACUACAAGGGACUCCGCCACCUCUUCAACUCCCCCGAGAGUUUCCCCUAAAAAGCCUCUGGCCACGACCGAACCCGAUCACAUGAAACCCGUCGACGUGUCUCACCCUCACACCUGCCCUUGUCGAGGAGAUAAGAAGGAACUCCAUCCCCUGCACACCCUUGAUCCGGCCAUAUGUGCCAACGCAUCUCAUUCCCACUGCAGGAACUCCGAAAGACCUGUCCCCACUCCGGUGAAAUGCCACACAAUUCCCCACGAUAUUCCGUGUCCUCAACAAAGUACCAACUCAUGCCAGCCUGUUCCAUGUGUGGCACGAUGCCCACAUUAUAUAUCACGGGCAACAUCGUGUUCUAAAGCCUCCCAUUCCCACUGCAAUGGCGGCCAUUCGAGGCGCGCCGAGCCGCCGUGGCACCACCCCGCCAAGUGCCCGGCGGUACCCCACGCCAUCCCGCCAGCCCCCUCGAGGUGUUCCAACGCGUCUCAUUCUCACGGCAGUCCCUGCCCGCCCGCUCGCGGCGAGUCCUCCGGGCGCCAUCCUAACCCGUGCCCGGCGCCAAUACCCGUCUCAACCCCGGUGAACUGUUCCAACCCCUACCAUUCCCAUUGCAAUCCUAGCCCGACCAAACACAGCGGGCAGAGGGAGCCCGCCGCUGCCCACGGUCCGGCGAGAUGCCCCUUGACGGCGCAGCCCAGCCCGCGCCCGGUGACGUGUUCCAACCCCUAUCACUCUCACGCCGGCACUGGCCCGAAGAAGACCAACGAACCUUGUCCUCAUCAUAGCCCCGAUUGUGGGAAGUGCUGCCCCGCGAUCUCACCACCCCAUCCACCCCCAAACACGGUCAGAUGUUCCAACAGGUACCAUUCUCACGUCAGCCUUGCCCCGAUGUGUCACGCUUGAAUGCCGAGCAUUUCCGAUCCAACGAAGAACUAGUGAAGAUCUCCACUCUACCAUGUCAACAUAGACCAAUCUCCCUCUAUUCUAGUAAGAUGCUCUAGUUAUUCUCAGUGUCUGGUCAGAUGUCCAAUCGCAUCUCUUUCUCACUCAGUCCUUCUUGUCCGAAAUCUUCAGUGAGAUGUUCCAACAUAGCCCAGAUUUCCGUCUUUUCUACUACGAUGACCUCUUGAUAUUCAGUGUCCACGGAGAUGUCUCAUUCUCACUCGCGUCUUGGUCCACUCCAUCCAUCGUAGCCUCAUCUCCCUUGAUUCCUCUUCCAGUAAGAUGCUCUAGUUAUAUUCAAUGUCUAGUCAGAUGUUCAAAUGCAUCUCAUUCUCACUCAUGUCUUGUUGUCCUCGAUCUUCAGCGAGAUGCUCAUACAUAGACCUAUCUCUCUCUAUUCCUCUUCCAAUAAGCCGCUCUAGAGAUAUUCAGAGUCUGGUGAGAUGUUCGAAUGUAUCUCAUUCCCACUCUGGUCUUGUUCUCGAUCUUCAGUGAGAUGUUGAAAUGUAACCCAUUCUCCCUCUAGUCCUCAUCUAGUAAGCUUCCCUUGUAUCUGGUAAGAUGUUGAACGCAUCUUAUUCUCACUCUGUUGUUCUAUAUCUUCAGCGGGAUGCUCCAAUAUUGCCCAAUGUCCAUCUAUUUCUCCUUCUAGACAGAUGCUCUUGUUAUGUUCAAGGCCCAGCGAGAUGUCAACUAAGUCUUCACUAAGAUAUCCCAACGUAGCUCAAUCUCCCUCUGUUCCUCUUCUGGGACUUGGCGUCUUGGUCUAAUAAGACCUUGAAUAAUCCCAAACAUCCUCUAGACCUAGUCCGAUAUCUUACCCAUCCACAGUGAGUCUGACACAACUCUAGCGAGGCUAAUGAAACUUACUUUAAAGUACGCCCAGUCUAAUGUAAUGCAAAAUACACGCACAACCUCAGUGUCGGCACAGUUCCAUUCGAGUGCGACUACACUUGCUUCAAUUCGAUCUUCAAACUCCUGAAAGCUGCCUCGUUCCUCGCCCAGAACUAAGGGGGGGUCACAGUGCAACAAUCUUCAACUGAUGACUCGACAUCUUGGACCAAACCCCGGCCAAUUUCUAGUGACCGUCGUCCAAACCCAUUGCUUAGUUUGGCUUCAACGGCGUGAAUGUGGACUCGUUCCACGAUAGGGGCGCCGCUGGGAAUGGGUGUCCAUGGUCAGGAGAAAGGGGAUCAGAGAUGACCAAGGCAGCAUCAAUCCAAUUGCUUCAAACACAACAAACAGGCGAGGAGGGCCUUGCCUUAUUCCGUAACAAGACGCUUCCCUGUCGACUGUCUGGUAUAUAAAUUGGAUGCACCUAUAUCCUCCUCCAGGGCUUUCCUUUGUCAUCAAAAAGUGGUCAAAUCAAUAAAGAGAAAGUGGG